AUGUCGGUGUGUUCAUCAGCAGGUAAAGACACUGACGACAGCUUUGUCUCUGCAGUGACCUCCAUAGCACACAGUGCCGUUGCCUCUGCAGGGAGUCUCAUAGUACAUCAGGACGUUAACUCUGUUGUGAGACCCAAAGCAGAGAGGGAAGUUGCCUCUGUAGAGCAUUCCAAAAUAGAUGAGGGCUUUAACCGUGCAGUGCUUCCCAAAGAAGAUGGGGGCAUUGCCUCUGCAAGGAAUCCUCAAGUAGAUAUGGGCAUUGCCAGUGCUGUGUGUACUCCAGUAGACUCUGUUGCAACAGGAGAGCUGGACAAAGGUAACUUUACUGCCAUACCCCAAAACAGCUGUAAUAUAAUAAAAUUUGAUGUCAUUUACGUUUACUUGUAUUUAACAGAUCAUAUUUGUUGGCGGUACAAAUUUGGUGGCAGGCUGGGUGAAGGAGGAUUUGGGUCAGUGCGAAAAGGGACUCGUGUUAAGGAUGGUCUUAAGGUGGCUGUGAAAUAUGUCAAAAAGACGAAACACACUAAAUAUAUCAGCACUGCUUUUCACCCCAAACCUCUUCCUUUAGAGAUUGCGUUGGCAGUCAUCAUCAAUAGGAAACCCAGCUGUCCACAUAUAAUUGAAAUGCUGGACUGGCAGGACGACCCAGACUACUACUUAAUCGUCAUGGAGCGCCCCGUGCCAAGCAUGGAUAUGGCAAAACUUUUGAAAUGCAAUGGAGGUGUCCUCAACGAGCAGAUAGCAAAGUACCUCAUGUGGCAAGUAAUUUAUGCCGCUAACUUUUGCCUCAAUCGUGGCAUUUUCCAUCGUGACAUCAAGCUGGAAAAUGUGCUUGUGAACCCGACAACUUUGGAGAUCAAAUUGAUUGACUUUGGGUGUGGGAACCUCGUGAAGGAUUCAGGCUACAGCACCUGCUUGGGUACAAAACCAUACAUCCCUCCAGAAUAUCAUGACAGAGGCAGAUAUCACGCAAAGCCCGCAACAGUGUAUUCAUUAGGGGUGCUCCUGUUUACAAUGCUGCAUGGGCGUUUUCCAAAAGACAGAGACUUGUACUGCUUGGGGAGCAACCAGUCUGUAUUUGCAGUGUCACAAGAGUGCAUCCAAUUUUUGUGGGCUUGUCUGCAGUGUAAUCCAGAGCACAGGAUUGCCCUGGAGCAGAUGCUUUACAAUGACUGGUUUGUGUUGGGUUUUCCCAAUCCCCUGCCAAUUAACCGGAAAGCAUCUAAACAGCAUUCACAUUAUUGAUGAGGAGUACAGUAUGUUUAUACUGUCAGUGUUGUUUUUGGCAAGAUGACAUGAGUGGCCUUUCAAUGCCUCGGCUGAGGCCUUAUUACUAGAAAAAUA